AUGUUUACCCCGUCUUAUGUCAAUGAGAGCCCAAGUCGUGUUUACCUCUCGUGCGCGGUUAUUUUAAAAACGGAGUUGACUCCGAUCCCGCGCCGGUUCCAUGCCGACGCGGUUUAUUUGCGAGCGCACUUGGAGACUCCGCGCCGCGCGUUCUCCGCUGUUCUGUUAUGCAACCGAUUAUUCACGGGCCGCGGGGAGCCGCGAUGGCGGACUUGGAAACGCGCGCACUCCGCUUGGCGACUGUUCGUUCGUCUA